ACACAGAUGAAGGAAAGUUUUGCCUCUUUAUGAAAGUUGUAGUAUUGUUUUAAAGAUGACUGCUACUUUUGUUUAAAAUAUUUGUUCUGGAAUUACUGAAGCUGGAGUCUACCAGACUGAGGUCAGAAGCAUUUUCUUUGGCAGAAAGAAGAUUCUUUUAUAGAAGCCAUGCCUGUACUUGGGGUUGCCUCAAAGCUAAGACAACCAGCUGUAGGGUCAAAGCCUGUUCAUACUGCCCUUCCGAUACCAAAUCUUGGCACGACUGGGUCAGAGCAGUAUUCAUCAAAGUCUUUGGAGCUUACUGGGGCAGAGAGCUCAAUGCUUUCUUGUCAGCUUACAUUAAAGUCAACCUGUGAUUUUGGAGAGAAGAAAACACUUCAAGGAAAAACCAAGGAGACAGAGGAUAGUAAGAUUUACACUGACUGGGCUAACCACUACCUAGCAAAAUCUGGCCACAAGCGCCUGAUCAAGGAUUUGCAACAGGACAUUGCAGAUGGAGUUCUGCUAGCAGAAAUCAUCCAGAUCAUUGCCAAUGAAAAGGUUGAAGAUAUCAAUGGCUGUCCCAGGAGCCAAUCUCAAAUGAUUGAGAAUGUUGAUGUCUGCCUUAGCUUUCUCGCAGCCAGAGGAGUAAAUGUUCAAGGUCUUUCUGCUGAAGAAAUAAGGAAUGGAAAUUUGAAAGCCAUUUUAGGACUGUUUUUCAGUUUGUCUCGGUACAAACAGCAGCAGCACCAUCAGCAACAAUAUUACCAGUCUUUGGUAGAGUUACAACAGCACGUCUCUCAUUCUUCCUCUCCCGCUGAAAUCAGCCAAUCCAAAACACAGCAAGAUAUGCAGUCCAGUCUGAGAGCCAGAUAUGCAACUCAGUCUAAUCACAGUGGAAUUGCAACCAGUCAAAAAAAGACUUCUAGGCUUCCAGGGCCCUCAAGGGUGCCAGCUGCAGGCAGCAGUACCAAGGUCCAGGGAGCUUCUAAUUUAAAUCGGAGAAGUCAGAGCUUUAACAGCAUUGACAAAAACAAGCCUCCACAAUAUGCAAAUAGCAAUGAAAAAGAUUCACCAAAAGGCCCUCACCCAUCUGCAGGCAUGAAUGGAAAUGUGCAGCAUCCCAUCAGCACUGGGCAGCAGCCGGUCUCUGCCAUACCCUCCCCAAGUGCCAGCAAGCCUUGGCGCAGCAAAUCCAUGAAUGUCAAACACAGUGCCACCUCUACCAUGCUGUCCGUGAAGCAGCCUAGUCCCGCCACCUCCCCUACUCCAUCUUCAGACAGGCUCAAACCACCCCUUUCUGAAGGAGCGAAACCCCCUUCAUCUGGACAGAAAUCCAUGCUGGAAAAGUUCAAGCUGGUUAAUGCUAGGACUGCUUUAAGACCCCCCUUGUCAUCAAGUUCAGGACCCAAUGACAGUGGAAGAGAGGAUGACACCUUUUCGGAGUGUGGUGAAAUGGACGGCUUUAGCAGUGGACUAAAUAGUGGUGGCUCCACCAGUAGCAGUCCUAAAGUGUCACCUAAGCUAACCCCGCCAAAAGCUGGAAGCAAAAAUCUCAGCAAUAAAAAGUCUUUGCUACAGCCAAAGGACAAAGAGGAAAAGAACAGGGACAAAAAUAAAGUUUGCACUGAGAAAACAGUAAAGGAAGAGAAGGACCAGGUCACUGAAACAUCUACAAAGAAGAGCUCAAAAAUUGCAAGCUUGAUCCCAAAGGGGAGCAAGACUACAGCAGCCAAGAAGGAAAGUUUAAUACCCUCCUCUAGUGGGAUACCAAAACCUGGAUCAAAGGUACCAACAGCAAAGCAGAGUGCUUCACCUGUGUGUGCAGGAAGUAAAGAGUCUGAAAAAUUCAGGACUACAAAGGGCAACCAGUCUCAAUCGACAACGAAAUCACAAGCUAAUGAGAAAGCCUCCACUUCCUGUAAUCUUGCUUCUUCUGAAGGAAAAGAAUCUAGCCCAGCUCUGAUCCCUGGUUCUGCAGCUCUUUCUGUUUCAAUGGCUGCAAGCAGUGGACAAGUCACAGGAAAUGGCAUCGUCCAACUUCCUCAACAACAGCAAUAUAGUCACCCAAACACUGCCACAGUAGCUCCUUUCAUUUAUAGAACACACUCAGAAAAUGACAGUACCUCUUUACCACCUGCUGACUCCUGCACCAGUCCUACUAAAAUGGAUUUAUCAUACAGUAAGACUGCCAAACAGUGCCUAGAGGAGAUAUCUGGGGAAGACCCAGAAACAAGAAGAAUGAGAACAGUAAAGAAUAUAGCAGAUCUGCGACAGAAUUUGGAAGAAACUAUGUCCAGCCUUAGAGGGACCCAGAUAAGCCACAGCACAUUGGAGACAACGUUUGACAGCACUGUGACAACCGAAGUGAAUGGGAGAAGUAUACCAGGCUUGACAAGCCGAUCCACGCCAGUGACUUGGAGGCUUGGCCAGGCUAGUCCUCGCCUCCAGGCAGGAGAUGCCCCAUCCUUAGGUAGUGGUUAUCCUCGCAGUAGUGCUGGUCGCUUCAUACAUACUGACCCCUCACGAUUCAUGUAUACAACACCUCUUCGCCGAGCAGCUGUUUCUCGCCUUGGGAAUAUGUCACAGAUUGACAUGAAUGAAAAAGGAAGCAGUGAUCUGGACAUGUCCUCGGAAGUUGAUGUUGGCGGUUACAUGAGUGAUGGGGACAUUCUUGGGAAAAGCCUCAGAACAGAUGACAUCAAUAGUGGGUACAUGACAGAUGGAGGACUCAACCUGUAUACAAGAAGUCUGAACCGAAUACCAGACCUAGCUGCCUCCCGAGACGUAAUCCAGAGAGGGGUGCAUGAUGUGACUAUGGAUGCUGACAGGUGGGGAACAGCAAAAGUUAAAAUUCAACAGAGAACAAGCCCCUUUUGGAAUCAACAAAAAGAGACAAGCUGGGAUGACAGCAGCUCAGUUAGUAGUGGCCUCAGUGACACUCUUGAUAACCUCAGCACGGAUGACCUGAACACCACCUCAUCUGUCAGCUCUUAUUCCAAUAUUACUGCUUCUUCAAGAAAAAACGCUCACACUCAGGAAGAAAGGAACGGGCAGAAGGAGACUGUUCUCCUGUCUCCUCCAUGGGAAAAGCUGAAGACUGAUUCAGAGAAACGGUUCGUAACAGACAGUGAAAACUGGGGCAGCACUGAAGAACUGAAGAAGCCAGAGGAGGACUUUGACAGCAAUGUAGAUGGCAGUGGGAAAUGGAAGGGCCUUCCCUCGGGGCUGUCUGAAGACUCAGAGAAGGGAGGUCAGAAAGCAUCUCUGUCUGUUUCACAGACUGGAUCCUGGAGGAGAGGCAUGACUGCACAAGUUGGAACGACCUCAUCCAGACACAAAGCUGGGACAAGUGCUCUCAAGACACCUGGAAAAACAGAUGAUGCGAAGGCUUCUGAAAAAGUGAAAACUCCCCUCAAAGGCACCUCUGUACAGCGCUCUCCAUCAGACGCAGGAAAAAGCAGUGGCGAUGAAGGAAAAAAGCCUCCCUCUGGCAUUGGACGAUCAACUGCUACUGGCUCCUUUGGAUUCAAGAAGGGUGGGGUGGGAUCUUCUACUAUAAUCACCACAAGUGGGGCAACCAUAACAAGUGGGUCGGCGACACUGGGGAAGAUGCCCAAAUCCACAGCCAUUGGUGGCAAGUCAAAUGCAGGGAGGAAAACUAGCUUAGAUGGGUCACAGAAUCAGGAUGAUGGUGUAUUACAUGUUAACUCGAAGACCACGCUGCAGUACCGGAGUUUGCCGCGCCCUUCAAAAUCGAGCACCAGUGGUAUUCCUGGAAGAGGUGGACACAGGUCCAGCACCAGCAGCAUCGACUCUAAUCUCAGCAGCAAGUCUGCAGGUGCUGCCACCACCAAACUGAGAGAGCCCACAAAGAUUGGCUCAGGGCGCUCCAGUCCCAUCACUAUCAAUCAGACAGACAAGGAAAAAGAGAAAGUGGCAGUGUCUGAUUCCGAGAGUGUUUCAUUGUCCAGUUCCCCCAAAUCCAGCCCAACGUCCGCCAGUGCCUGUGGGACACCAGGACUUAGGCAGCCAGGAUCCAAAUACCCAGACAUUGCCUCGCCCACAUUCCGAAGGUUGUUUGGUGCCAAGGCUGGUGGCAAAGCUGCCUCUGCACCCAAUACUGAAAGUGUGAAACCCACAUCAGCAAUGCCCAGCCCUAGUACCACAUUAGCACGGCAAGGCAGCCUAGAAUCUCCAUCUUCGGGUACAGGCAGCAUGGGCAGCGCAGGUGGGCAAAGUGGUAGCAGCAGCCCCCUCUUCAGUAAACCCUCGGAAUUAAACACAGAUGUUGUAAGCUUAAGUCACUCCUUGGCUUCCAGUCCAGCAUCUGUUCACUCUUUCACGUCAGGUGGUCUCGUGUGGGCUGCAAACCUGAGCAGCUCCUCAGCUGGCAGUAAGGACACACCAAGUUACCAGUCAAUGACUAGCCUGCACACGAGCUCUGAAUCUAUUGACCUCCCUCUCAGCCAUCAUAGCUCUCUCUCUGGAUUGACAACAGGCACUCAAGAGGUUCAGAGCCUGCUCAUGAGGACUGGAAGUGUCAGAUCUACACUGUCGGAAAGCAUGCAGCUUGACAGAAAUACACUACCCAAAAAGGGACUAAGAUAUACCCCGUCAUCUCGGCAGACCAGCCAGGAGGAGGGCAAAGAGUGGCUGCGUUCCCAUUCCACUGGAGGUCUACAGGACACCGGCAGUCAGUCCCCUGUUGUUUCGCCUUCAGCUAUGUCUUCCUCUGCAACUGGGAAAUAUCACUUUUCCAACUUGGUGAGUCCAACCAACCUGUCCCAGUUUAACCUUCCUGGACCCAGUAUGAUGCGUUCAAACAGCAUCCCUGCACAAGAUUCUUCUUUUGACCUGUAUGAUGACUCUCAGCUGUGUGGCAGUGCCACAUCCUUAGAAGAAAGACCACGAGCAAUCAGUCAUUCAGGCUCAUUCAGAGACAGCAUGGAAGAAGUACAUGGGUCCUCAUUAUCACUGGUCUCCAGCACCUCCUCUCUCUAUUCUACAGCAGAAGAAAAGGCACAUUCGGAGCAAAUUCAUAAACUCCGAAGGGAAUUGGUUGCAUCACAGGAAAAAGUUGCCACCCUAACAUCCCAGCUUUCAGCAAAUGCUCAUCUAGUAGCAGCUUUUGAAAAGAGCUUAGGAAAUAUGACUGGCCGACUGCAGAGCCUGACAAUGACAGCUGAACAAAAGGAAUCUGAGCUUAUAGAACUAAGAGAAACCAUUGAAAUGCUGAAAGCCCAGAAUUCUGCUGCGCAGGCUGCUAUUCAGGGAGCUUUGAAUGGCCCUGAUCAUGCCCACAAAGAUUUGCUUAUAAGACGACAACAUUCCUCAGAAAGUGUUUCCAGCAUCAACAGUGCCACAAGCCAUUCAAGCAUUGGCAGCAGUAAUGAUGCUGACUCCAAGAAAAAGAAAAAGAAGAACUGGCUAAGAAGUUCAUUCAAACAGGCCUUUGGAAAGAAAAAGUCCACCAAGCCUCCUUCCUCACAUUCCGACAUAGAGGAACUCACCGAUUCAUCUCUUCCAUCAUCACCCAAAUUGCCCCACAACUCAGGGGACUGUGGGACAUUGUCAAUGAAACCAUCACAGUCAGCGUCUGCGAUAUGUGAGUGCACAGAGGCAGAGGCUGAAAUUAUUCUACAGCUAAAGAGUGAGCUGAGAGAAAAAGAGCUAAAGUUAACAGACAUUCGUCUCGAGGCCCUCAGCUCAGCACACCAUCUUGAUCAGAUUCGUGAAGCCAUGAACCGCAUGCAGAAUGAAAUUGAGAUUCUGAAAGCUGAAAAUGAUCGCUUAAAGGCAGAGACCGGAAAUACUGGGAAGCCGGCUCGACCAUCUUCUGAGUCUUCAAGCAGCACAUCCUCCUCUUCAUCACGGCAAUCAUUAGGGCUUUCUCUGAACAACUUGAAUAUCACAGACUCUGUUACGUCAGAUAUUUUACUGGAUGAUGUCACAGAUGGAGCCCUCCCCAAAGAAGGCCACAGUGUUAAAAUUGUAGUCACCAUAAGUAAGGGCUAUGGUCGAUCCAAGGAUCAAAAGACGCAGGCCUAUUUGAUAGGAUCCAUUGGGGUUAGUGGGAAAACCAAAUGGGACGUUUUAGAUGGAGUAAUUAGACGUCUCUUUAAGGAAUAUAUCUUCCGAGUGGAUCCAGCUACUAGCCUGGGUUUAAGCUCCGAUUGUAUUGCUAGCUACUCUAUAGGGGAUUUAAUCAGAGCCCAUAGCCUGGAAGUGCCUGAACUGCUGCCUUGUGGAUAUCUGGUUGGAGAUAAUAACAUGAUCACCGUGAACCUGAAAGGAGUAGAAGAAAACAGUUUGGACAGUUUUGUGUUUGAUACACUAAUUCCUAAGCCAAUUACCCAACGGUACUUUAAUUUACUGAUGGAGCAUCACAGAAUCAUCCUGUCAGGACCCAGUGGCACUGGAAAGACCUAUUUAGCCAACAGACUGGCUGAAUACAUAACAACUAAAUUGGGCAGGAAAAAAACUGAGGAUGCAAUUGCUACUUUUAAUGUAGAUCACAAAUCAAGCAAGGAUCUGCGUCAAUACCUAGCUAACCUGGCUGAGCAGUGCAGUGCUGACAACAGUGAUGCUGAUCUCCCUGUAGUAAUAAUUCUUGAUAACCUCCACCAUAUUGGUUCUUUGAGUGAUAUCUUCAAUGGUUUCCUCAAUUGUAAAUAUAAUACAUGUCCCUAUAUUAUUGGAACAAUGAACCAAGGGGUUACUUCAUCACCAAAUCUAGAGCUGCAUCACAAUUUCAGGUGGGUGCUAUGUGCUAAUCACACAGAACCAGUAAAAGGUUUCCUGGGCAGGUAUCUCAGAAGGAAACUGAUUGAGACAGAAAUAGAAAGGAACAUGCGCAAUAAUGACCUCAUCAAGAUUAUUGACUGGAUCCCUAAGACAUGGCAUCAUCUCAACAGCUUUUUAGAAACGCACAGCUCCUCAGAUGUGACCAUUGGUCCUCGCCUUUUCCUCCCCUGCCCCAUGGAUGUUGAUGGCUCCAGAGUGUGGUUCACAGACCUUUGGAACUAUUCUUUGGUGCCAUAUCUUCUGGAGGCCGUGAGAGAGGGACUUCAGAUGUAUGGUAAAAGAGCGCCAUGGGAGGAUCCCUCAAAAUGGGUAGCAGAUACUUACCCGUGGAGCUCUGCACCUGUGCAGCAUGAAUGGCCAUCAUUACUUCAGUUACGACCAGAAGACGUUGGGUUUGAGGGUUACGUAUCUGCACAAGAAGGAACAACCUCCAAGCACAUUCCACAAAGUGACACCGAAGGGGAUCCCUUGAUGAACAUGCUAAUGAGGCUCCAAGAAGCAGCCAAUUACUCGAGUGCGCAAAGCUGUGACAGUGAUAGCACCAGCCACCAUGAUGAUAUUUUGGAUUCUUCUCUUGAAUCAACUCUCUAGAGGGGACGAUCCUGGAUAGAGGAUUAUAGUAAAAUCUAUUGCCACUAACUUCUGCCAGGAUUAAAGCAGCACACUGAGGUCCCUGAACAAGAGCAGUAUGUUGUAGGUGGGCAGGAGGCUUAACUCUGCAAAGUCAGGAAUUAAAAUCGAAGUGGAAAGCUUGAAUUUGUUUAAUUUCAAGGCAUUUCAAUAGCAGUGGAGCCAAGUAAGACUCCAUUAAUCAACUGGAAAGGGCCCUAAAUGGAGGGCAACUAAGCAGAUUGCACAUGUGUUAGCCAAACUGGAACCUUUUUUUUUGUUUUUCCUCUCUCUCUCUCUCUCUCUCUCUCUCAAAGCUUACAGUACAAACGUUUUGUUUUUUCCUUUACUUUUCUCUGAGGUGCUGCAUUAGCAAUGCAGGGUUCUGAUCCUCUUCUAACCUCUGUUGUGCCACAUGGUGCUGGUCACAGGACUACAGUAGUGUUUGUCGUACACUACUGCCCAUUCCAAAAUGAAUCAAAGAUGUUGAUAGUAACUCAGUAAGCACAAACAGUAUUGUGCUAUCACCAGAAAACACUACUGUGAUAUGCUGGAUAAGUGCCAAUUUAAUUCUUAAUUGCCAUGGUCACAGUGACACUCUCCAUGAAGUUUUUAGUGUACAAGUCACCGAUUUUAUAAAGUUGUUUUUACCACAAAGGUCUUUUUUAACCACCUACCCACUCCUCUACAGUUUUAUACCAAUUAUUAACCAACACUGACUAAAGGCUUUUUAGGGCUUCAUUUGUUUGAGCCUUUUCAGUGGAAGAAGGAACAUUUCCUAUGGUGCUGUUUCACUGCCUUAAAACAGAUUUCUAGAACAGUUUUACGGUUCGUUUAAUUCCUAAACCAUUGGUAAUUUACACUGUUUUGUUUUCAUUUACUACCGAAAUAACGUCAGUUAACACAGUAGCCUCAUAUCUGUAUAUCAUGAUUUUUUAAGAAAUGGAUAGGAGAAAGAACAGUUGCUAUAUAGUAUUUUUAUCUUGUGAAUAGAUUGCUCUGCCUUCCCUCAUAAAUAUACAAGAAACCCAGAACCCACUUCCACUAUCACCUAAAAACUGAGAAAGCUGACCCAGAUCCAUUCAGUCCUGUGGAAUGGAGUUUUUGAAGGAUGUUUCGAAUUCUUAUCCAGCAGAGCUGGAUGCACUUGAUGCAGCAUGAGCACAAAUAUUUGUUUUUGUUUUUUCUUCUUCUAGUUUUAAGCAUGUUGUUUUGAUUGAUAUUGUUGUACAUGAAAAAAAUAGCAUUAAAGAACACUGAAGCAGUGAUGUCCACUGUGGAAGAGGAAGAGUUUAUACUGUAAAAGUGGGUUGGUUUUGCACAGUCUACUGGGUGGGUAUUGUAAAUAUAAAAAGCCUUGCACAAAUCAGAACAAACAAACAAGAAAUUGUAUUUUAUCCUGUUGGUGUUGAGAUGUUACACUUACUGAGAUUUCCUCAAUGUUGCAAACAAAUACAGAAUGCAAACCUUAAAAGCUGUUUUUAACCUUGUGUGUUUGUCCUGUAUUUACAGUUGUUAUAACUAUGCAGGAGCUAUCAAUUCUAGAGUGAGCAUGUUUCAAUUUGAAUAUUGAGAUGAUACAUUUUUGGGGGCAAAAAAUGAAAUUUUAAGUGCAUCUGUCAUGGCAGGCUACAAACAGAUUGCAUUAAAAAAGUGAUCAAUAAUUGGAAAUGCUAUUGCCACAAGAGACAACUGGAUAAAAUAAUUAAAAAAAAAAAAUCCAAGGGCUAUGGCAUUGUGUAUAUGUACGGUACACAUAAAUGGAUGUUACCUUCAGGAUGUGUAAUUGGUGCUACUAACUCUUUGUGGCCACCCUGUGGUCAUUUGCUGUAAAACAAAGGCAAAGAAAUCAAUGCAGUUUUCAAUGGUACUGAGCUGCAUCAGUGAAUCUAGCGGUCCCUACACGGUGCUAUUGCCCUAAUACAAACUCUAAUUGAUUUUAUGCAUGUAGAAUGUAGUCAGACUGAUGUGGAGCCCCAAAACUUAGAUCGAUUUUUAUUGUAAAACAUCAGCACAUGUAUCUGACAGCUGACUAAAAACCCAGCUGCUCUUUGUUAUAUAUGUGUUCUGAACAAAUUUGCAAAUCCUUUCCUGCCAUUUUAGACACAAACACACACAAUAUUACCAUGUACAAAACUUCCUGCAAUACAUCUCAGUGAGUCCACCUAGUUUACAACUUAAAAAUUGUUUGUGAAACAUUUGUCUGUAUACAUUUUAUAUUUUGUACAUUUUCGAUGUAACAUAUCAUGUAAAUAGACAGAAACAGUGAAAUAAAUCAUCUGAAAAGUUUUGUAGUCUUUGUAAAGCCCUAAUAAUAAGUAUUUGGUGUCAUCGGACUUAACUGGAUGAUGUAUUUUUAUUGGUUUAUUGUUCCUCUAGCUUGUAAACCAGCUUGCAUAUAUUUUUUUGCAGGUGUUCACACUGUAUCUGUCUAAAUUAUUACUUUGACAUUAA